GACUGGGUCGGGCUGGCAGCCGCAGCAGCAGCACUACUGCCCCGCCGGCCAGGGCAAAUUCACCGCGUCCACGGGGACCAGCAUGUCCUUCCAGUCCGGCAUCACCAUGGAAUAUACCCAGGACCUGCACCUGAAGAUGAGCAAGAAGAUCGCACAGCUGACCAAGGUUAUUUAUGCACUGAACACGAAAAACGACGAGCACGAGGCGGCCAUCGCCACCCUGAAGGAGGCGCACGAGGAGGAGGUGCAGCAGAUCCUGUCGGAGACCAGAGAGAAGAUCCUGCAGUAUAAGAGUAAGAUCAGCGACGAGCUGGACCUGAAGAGGAGGAUCCAGUCUCUGGAGGAGUCCAUGGAGCUGCACGAGAGGAUGAAGAGGCAGGCGCUGGCCGAGUUCGAGAGCUACCGGCAGCGGGUGGAGGACAUGCAGCUGUGCACCGAGGCCCAGCACACGCAGCGGGUGGUGUCCAUGUCGCGGGAGGUGGAGGAGAUGCGGCGGUCCUUCGAGGAGAAGCUGCGGACCUUCAGCCAGGCGCAGUCGCAGUUCGAGCAGGAGAAGAAGGCGGCGCUGGAGGAGCUGAAGGCGCAGCACCGGCAGGAGAUCCAGGAGCUGCUCCGCAGCCACCAGAGCCAGAACGCCAACUACAGCAAGGACCAGGAGAAGCUGGGCCAGCUGCACAAGGCCGAGGUGGACUCCCUGAUGGAGCGGGUGGAGGAGCUCAAACAGGACAAGAAGAGGCUGGUGGAGGAGUACGAGGCCAAACUCAGCAAGGCCCAGGCCUUCUACGAGCGCGAGCUGGAGGCCAUGAAACGGACCCAGCAGCUGACGGCGGACAACCUGCUGGCGUGGAAGCGCACCGAGGCCGAGCUGCGGCGCGAGUUCCAGUCCCAGGAGGCGGCGCUGCAGAAGACGCUGGGGAAGCUGCGGGCCGAGCUGGCCCGGGUGACCGACGAGGCCCGGGAGAACCGGGACAAGUCCCACAAGCUGCAGGCCUCGCUCACCGCCGCCGAGGCCAACGUCAAGGAUUUAACCAAACAGCUGGACGAGGUGACCCAGAACUCGGAGAUCGUGGAGAUCCGUCAGAAGGAGGCGGAGUGCGAGCUGGAGGCGGCCAGAGACCGAGUCCAGCAGCAGGCCACGGAAAUCCUCCUCAAAGCCAGUCAGAUCAGCAGCCUCCAGGCCACCCAGAUGACCCAGGAGGCCGCCAUCAGGGACCUGGACAACGAGCGCAGCCGGCUGAAGGACAAGGUGCUGAGGAUGGAGGAGGAGCGGGAGGCCCUGCAGAGCCAGGGCCAGGCCCUGGACGACCGGCAGCGGCAGCACAUCCAGUCCCUGGAGAAGGGGCUCCGCGAGGAGAAAGUGGCCCACGAGAAGGACGUGAGCUCGGUCCGGGCUCGAUACGAAGAGGAGGCGAGCCAGAUGAAGGAGAACCAGGCCCGAGUUCUGGAGGAGGUCAGCAAGAAGCACCGGGUGACUCUGGAGAACGCUCUGAGUACGGCCGAGAAGGACAAGAACCGGCUGCUAGCUGAGCUGGAGCAGCAGUUCGAGAAGGAGCGUCUGUCUCUGGAGGAGCAGAAAACACAGCUCAGACAGCAGCUGGACGAGCUGAGGGAGGAGCUGACGUCCAAACUCUCCGCCGCCAAUGAAGAGGUGUCCCGGCUCCAGCAGGAGGUGCAGCAGGGGGAGCAGGAUGUGGGCACGGCCGAGGGGCAGAUCUCCACCCUGAAGGAGGCGCAGGACAAACUCCUGGAGGAGCUGGACGCCACCCGAGCCCGACUGAGGGAGACCAGCAACCUGCUGACGGCGCUGCAGGGUGAGCUGGAGACCCAGAAGCGACAGCAUGAAGCCAAACUCAUCACCACCAAAGAAGAAGAAAAACUGAAGAUGGACAAGAUGGCAUUAGAGCUAGAGCUCAAAUGGACCGAGACACUCAGGCAGGAGUGUAAGAAGCUCCGUGAGGAGCUGAGAGAAGAGCACGAGGAGGACAAGAACUCCGCCCUCAGCCAGCUGGCUCAGAGCAAAGAGCAGGAGCUGAGCAGCGCCCGGGAGAGCUGGCAGAGGAAGGUGGAGGACCUGCUGGAACAGAUCUCCCUGCUGAAGCAGAGCCUGGAGAUGCAGCUGUCGCAGUCGCAGUCGUCGCUGCAGCAGCUGCAGCACCAGUUCAGCCAGGAGAGGGAGCACCUGCGGCUGCAGCUGGACGAGCUGCAGACGGAGCACCAGCGGCGGCAGCAGCGGCUGCAGGAGGUGCACUGCAGCGCCGUGCACGACCUGGAGCACGCCAGGCAGCGCGACCUCAAGGAGCUGGAGGAGCGUCUCCGCCUCCACCACCACGCCGAGCUGCAGUCUCUGCGAGAGGCCCACCGCCAGAGCAUCGAGACGCUGAAGCAGCAGUCGGAGCAGGAGCUGCAGACGCUGCGCUUCGAGCUGGAGGACGAGGGCAAGGCCAUGCUGGCGUCCCUGCGCUCGGAGCUGAACCACAUCCACGCCUCGGCCAUCGAGCACCUGAGACAAACCCACCAGCAGGAGUCGGCCGCCGCCAAGGCGGAGCUGGAGAAGACCGUGGAGAACAACCGGACACAGGAGCGAGAGCUGCUGGGCCAGAUGAGCGAGCUGCAGGAGGAGGUUUCCAGGAGGAAGAGCCACAUCGCUCAGCUGGACCACCAGAUCCACACGCUGAACGAGAACAUCAGCACUCUGACCAAAGAGCUGGAGCUGAAGGGCAAGGAGGUGCUGAAGAUCCGCAGCGAGGCCAACCAGCAGAUCAGGCUCCACGAGCAGGAGCUGACCAAGCGGCACGAGCGCGAGCUGGCCGAGCUGAGCGCCGUGCACAGCAGGGAGACGCAGAACAUGCUGUCGGACUUCAACAAAGCCCAGGAGGUGCUGAAGGACAAGAUCUCCGCCCUGCAGAUCCUGCUGGAGGGAACAGAGGAGAAGUUCAGGAACAGAGAGAGUCGUCCUGAGGAUCUGCAGAUCAUCGCCGAGCUGAAGGACAUGGUGUCCGAGAGAGAAUCCCUGGUCAAGAAACUGGUGGACGAUAAGAAGUUCUACCAGCUGGAGCUCGUCAACAGAGAGACCAACUUCAACAAAGUGUUCAACGCCAGUCCCAACGUAGGAGUCAUCAACCCGCUCAUCAAGCAAAAGAAAAAGAAUGAGAAAUCCGCGGCCGGCCGAUUCAGCAGCUCUCCCAAUGUCAGGGCUCUGGAGGCAGCCGGCACGGGCGUGGCGGGCGUGGCGGGCACGGGGUGCGGCGGGCAGCCCCCGCAGGCGCCCCCGCCCCCACCCCCGGCCCCGCCCGGCCGCCUAGAGCCCAUCCCCGACUCCCCCCUCCACCACCUGGAGCUCAACUCCACCAAACCUCUUGCCCCGCCGACCCCUCCCACCAAACCCAAGAGUUUCAUGAGCCCUCCUGAAACAAAGGACGCCGCCAUCGACUCCCCGGACGCGCAGCGCCAAGAGUGGUUCGCCCAGUACUUUUCCUUUUGAUCGACCACGAACCUGCAAACACGAGGAUUUCAGCAUGUCAACCCGAAC